AAAAUGAGUUCGAGAAGAAGUCGUCGUAAUUCAGCAUCAUCCUCAUCCAGACACCAGUCGCCAACAAUUUCUUCAUCACAUCGUCGUGAGCAUCACACCAGUACCAGCUCGAAGUCGAGACACUCACGCGUGCAUUCUGAAUCAGAAUCAAAAUCGAAUCAUAAACGUCGUUCACGUAGUCGUAGUCAUAGCCCGUGGCGUAAUGCGAUUCCUCUCAAGUCAACGAAGAGGUUCUCAUUCGGCAUGGAUCGACGAUCAAUUCCAUUCCAGUCAAAGCCGCGAACAACCUCUUCAAAUGCGCUCGCCAACUCACCGAUCCGUAAAAAACCCGCACCCGUCAAUGAAUUGGACGCAAUGAGUAUGGACAUUAAAAAGGAUCACAAUUCUCAGUCAGGCGAUCAGCGCGAUACUAAGUCGUCGUCAUCAUUUCGAUUCCAACAGAAUGGAGGUUCUCGGGGUGGUAGGAUGGCGCCCGGUGGUCGUUUCGAUAGACCGAUGUUUGGAGGAUAUGCACUUGCUGCUCGUCAAGGAAGAGAUAUUUUCCGUCGCGCUCCGGGUUUCGUACCACGACGUUUCGCCGGAGUUCGUGACGCUGCAGAUGGUCGAUACACCUUCGAUAGAAACAAACGCGAUACGAUGGAAUCUGAAGAACUGAAGCGAACUUCACAAACUGAUGAUCCACAGAAGCCUGUAAUGAACUUGUUUGACCCUUGCAAAGUACCAACUGGCAAGUCGUAUUUCACGCAUGAUGAUCGUACGAACAAAGUGAUGCGUCCUCGUGGUGGUAUGCGAUAUUCAGAUGGUGGCAGUGUUCGUCAGCGAAGGUACGACGAUCGAGCACCAGUUGGAUGGCGAAAUACUGCGCAGGUUCGGGAAUAUGGAGGAGGUGAUCGUAAUUAUUCGUCUGCAACUUCAUCGUCGAAUUGGCGUGAUUCAUCAAGCAACAAAAAUGGGCAAUCUUCAUCAUAUCGGGGACGUAGUGAAUCAGAUGGCGUUUGGAAGCAUGAUAAGUUUGAAGAAGAGGAAGAUGGAGAUGGCAAUGACGGACAGUCAAAUGGCGAAUUCGAUGCAGAACAACACCACUGA